AUGGCCAACAUAAAGACCCGACAUCAUGAAAGCCUCAAAUUUCACCUUAUCGAUUCCAUUUAUUCUACUUACUGGCUGAAUUCUACUCACGCAUACUCCCUUUGUUUAGUUCCUACAGACUACGGCAAACGAGUUUACCAGGGAGUGAGAGUAAAACACACAGUCAAAGAUCUCCUUGCCGAAAAACGAUCGAGACAGACCAGCAGCUCCCGAUUCAGCGGCAGUGCCAGCACCUCCCCGUCUCCAUUUGUCCAAAUGUCAGGCUCCACUGCCAUGUCUGGUUACUAUGGAAUUAGAAGAUCGUUCAUGUCUGAUUUGGAUUUCCACAACACUAAGCCACUUUCAAGUGAUGUUUAUGCUUCAUCCCUGGGGGCAAAGUCCUUUCCGUGUGACUCCUCUGCCGUUCAAGGGUACCCGCCGCUACUGGACCCCUAUUUCAACGAGGACUAUCGCAGUGCUGCCGUAACACCCAGCACCGGCUCCCUUUUCAGCACCUCCUCGCUGACCCCUCUCCUGCCCCCCUUCCCCAAUGACUCAGCACAUUACUUAAUAAGAGAUGCCUGGGAGCAGGGCCUGCCUGACAGCCUCAACCAAUCAGAUGCCAUGUGCUCAGAUUCCCUACAGACCUUGCCCACAACUACCAGCUGCCUCACCUCUCACGAAACUGGAAGCACUUCCCAGUAUAGAAGCUCAAGCUGGAGUUCUGCCAUCCCAGGAGCCCAGUCCUACCCUUUGCAUGCUUUUGAAGAUGUGCACUACAUACCCAGUUACCCUGCCACCUCGUCCUAUUCCUUUUCACCAUUUAUGACUGUAGCGAAUGACCUACCUCCCAAGAUGCUCCACCUCUCAUCAGAGGAACCCUUAGAUGCAACCUCCCUUCAUGACAACUCCUCUUGGGCAAAAGAAGACGGGAGUCCAAUCUGGGGGACAUAUGAAUGCCGAAGAACUUAUUGA